AUGUCCAUAAGCAACAAAGAUGUAGUUGCCUUGUCGAAUUUUCUAUAUCCUGAAAGAAUUGCUCGUCAAACAUUGGAAAGUAUUAGUAGUAUGGCUCAACAACAGUUUGCCAAAUCUGAUCGGUAUAAAUUAUGUCGUGUUUUAAUGUUUCUACUUCAGUAUGACUUUUUAUAUGAAACCCUAUCCCACUUUAUAGCUGCGUACUUGCUAUGGGAUUUUUGGAAAUCAGAAACCAUUACAAAUAGUAAUAAUAAUCCAUUUAUGGAAUUUUUAAUUUCAUUUCUGCAGGAUGAGACAAACUGUAAAUUGCCACGGUCAGCAAUCUCAAUGUUUCAUACACUUCUUCAUCAACCUGAUCAAAUUCGUGAUUUUUUAAAGUAUACUCCAUCACAGAUAUUUGAUUUACCCUGUCCUAAUGUUGAUACUAAAUUUGAUUGGGAUAUUAAUCAAGUAAUUAAUAACUCAUCAACUUCAUCUUCGCAUAUUUCAAAGUUGGCAGCAUCUGGAUUGGCUUGUGUUGUACCUGAUGAAGAUGUGCCAAGUUCAUUUGAACCUUCAUUUCAUUUGCAUAGAGUUGCUACAGGUGAUUCAUCCAAUAUAUCCGAAUUACAACGUCAAUGUUUGGACUCUUUAUUGUCGCAUGGUGAACCAUUAACUUGUCGAAAUAAUUUAUACCCAGAAUUCCUUCGAAUAGCUCCACCUUUGUUACCAUGUCCCCAAGGAAUCGAUAAAAUUCUCUAUGAUGUAGAUGAAGAAUAUGAAUCUCUUAGUCAUACAGAAUUCUGUGCUCGUCCUAUGCAUAAGAAAUUGUUAACAAACGAAAGUGUAUCCAAAUAUGGUUGGUCAGAAGAACUUAUAUGGCUUAAUCCAGAUGUUGUGGAGCACGAUUUUCAUUGGAAUAACAGUAUAGAGUUGGUUAACAUGACAGUUGAGCUACGUCAGUUGAUUUCCACAGCAAUAGCAUCCACAUUAACUCAGUCACAACAGCAAACUGUUGUUCAGGCAAUUAAGGAUAAUCCGAAUGUUAUUUAUAAUGUUGGAAUUACUUCGGAAAUUCUGCCAAAUUUGGUUAAUCGUAAUCCAGUUAUUGCUAUUGAAGUUUUACAGUUACUGAUUACGUCACCAAAACGCGAUGAGUAUCUAAACGCUUUACUUAAAAUGGAAGUUACAGUACAGUCAAUCGAGGUAGUGAAUCGACUGUCUACAAAGAUUUUACUACCUACAGAAUUUAUACAAAAUUAUAUAUCGAAUUGUUUAGUCUUUUGUUAUUCAGUACAAGAUAAAUUUUAUCAAAUGAGGCAUGUACGCUUGGUAUGUGUACUUCUUCAAUCACUUAUCAGAAAUAAUAUACUGGAUAUUCAUAAUCAGGAUAUUUUGAUUGAAGUAAGAACAUUUUGUUUGGAAUUUACAAAAGCUCGGGAGCGACUACACUUCACCGACUUAUUUUGA